AUGGGCAGCCGGCCCCGCAGCCCCAGCGCCCACCCCGAGCCCUGCUGGGGACCGCCGCGCGGAGGACCCGGCCCGGCCAAGCGCCGCCGCACCCCGGAGCCCGAGGGCCCGCAAGGCAUGGAGGGGCCCCCGGCCGCCGGCGCGCUCGCCUCCGUGGUGGUCCUGGCCGCCGGCUCUGCCCUGCAGCUGCUCCUGGACGACGUCGACCUGGUGCUCGAGCCCGAGCCCACGUCGGUCCUGCAGGUGUCCCUCGGGGGCCUCACCCUGCUGCUGGUCCCCGAGGCCCUCCUGCGCGCGGGGGGCCAGGGCCACCCGCCUGCCGGCCCGGAGCAGGGCGCCGUCCCGAGCGCGCCCGGGCACCAAGCCGCCGGCCCGCACGAGGCCCUCUGCGCGUCUGUCCCGGACGUGGCCGCCCAGGAGGAGGCCUGUGCGGAGGACGCCGACCCCGAGCUCCCGCCGCCGCGGGCGGGCCCCACGGCCGGCUGGGCGCCUGAGCUGCGGGCCUGCGCUGGGGGGGUGGCCGGGCCGCGCCCGCGCCCGCGGGCCCCCGGCCCUGGUCCAAAGAGGCUCUCUCCUCUCCGCUACUUCGACCUGGACCCCCACCUCCUGGAGCCCUUCCCCGGCUCGCCACUCCAGCCUCUGCCGCCCUCUCCGAGUCCGGGUCCCCACGUGCGCCCCCAGCGCCCUCCAGGACCCUCCCCCAAGGCCCGGAGACGCCUGUUCCAGGAAUGAACGGCUCCCGCAGCCUCUUGCCACCCAGCGAGCACCUUCCAGCAUACGCACAAUUCUGGCAAACCCGCAGGAGGCCCAAUGGGAUUCCCAGCAUCCUUUACACCGAAUUUUCUACAGCCUGGAAACUGCACCUCAUGUGCAAGCAAUUCCUUUCUCCCUGCAGACUGGCUAUAGUAGCAAAUGAAGAUGUCAGAAAGAUAAAACAGAUUCUAGAUCUCAUCUGUGAAUUCGAAAAUCUGCCCAGAGAUGCCAAUGUGUUUUCAGAAGUCUGGGCUUCUUUACAAGAAAGGCCCUUCCGUUCCCCUCGUUUGACAUCAGUCAUCUUCUCUUUCUCCAGCACUAUACACCGUUGCUCUCCUGGUUCUCUCCAAGAAAUCACUGGAUUUCUCAUGAUAUGAGUUUCUUGUAUAUUUUCCCAUGAAUUAAUAAGGACUCUAAGGUGUUUCUCUUUCUUGGUGUUUCCAGCUGCUCUUCUGGGAAACCGCAAAAUAGUCUGAUGGUUACCGUAGGUAAUAGUAAAAUGUUUGUUCAUAGCUACAUUUUACAUGCCUGAAAUUCUCUUCCAAUCCGUUUCCUUUUCACUAUGAGUACUUUGGAUUUUAUCAGAUAUUUUCAGCAUGCAUUGAAAUAGGUAUUUCUUUUUUAAAUCUGUUCAUCGGUGGUUACUAAAUGUAAUGUAAAAUGUUUGCGUUCCCGCUAUUCCACAUUGUUUUAGACAUUUCAAAUUCCACCCUGAGGUGUUUUUUUUUUCUUAUGUAAAUAAAACCUGUAAUUUUUUUGAAUUUAAUUUAUUACCAUAUUUGCUUCACAUUUUUGUAAAAGAAAUAAACUACUACUGGUAAAGCUGAAGUCAACAAAAUGAUUUCAUUUUUGAA